AUUGCCUCAGUUUAAGCGUAACUUUACAUGAAGAAGCAUGUCUGGCAAGGGUCAAAGAGAAAAGAAAAAAGGAGUCGAAGAAAGACUAAGAGUGAAAACAGUUGGUGCUCACAUAGAAAGUGGGUGUCAAAAACGUGCAAAGAGAGAUAAAUAUGAUUAGUUUGUAAAAACUCUGCCAAAACUAACUAAAUUUUACCCUCGUCCCACUUCAUCUACGCCUACACCUGAACCUAUAGCCUCCAUUUCAACGUGCAGUAAGCGCUCUUGAUAGUGGCUACAAUGAAAUCCAAUCUGCUUUAAACCUAAUAGCAAAUGACGAAGAAGAGGAUCCAAAAACGAUCAUCGAAGCCAAGUCACUUUCUUCUAAAAUGGAUAAACUCGAAUAUGUUAUUUUGACUUCAAUUUGGAACCGCAUUCUCUCAAGAUUCAACAUGGUAAGCAAGACUUUACAAUCCGAGGACGUAAAUUUAUCCUAUAUAGGGUCGCUUAUGAAUUCCUUGAAAACUUUUAUUCAAUCGGUGAGAGACGACUUCGAUGAUUGUAUUGAGAAAAGGCUAAAGAAAAAAGGCCCCUGGCUAAAUACAGUUUUACCACUCAACGAGCGAAGAAGCGAAGUGUUCGUGUAACACGUAAUGAAGGACCCUCUGUUGACGCUAAUUUAACUGGCGAUACGAAAUUUCGAGUCGAAAUCUUCUAUCCAAUCCUUGAUUCACUGAACGAGGGUUUAUCUACGCGAAGCGUCGCUUACGAGCGAAUUAACGAUCGUUUCUUUUUUUUGACACAAUUAAACAACAUGAGUAACGGUGAUAUCAAAAGCAAGUGUGAACAGCUCACAGGAUUUUAUUGUGGUGACGUAGAUCCAACGGAUCUUUACGGAGAAUGUCUGCAAUUUGUCUAUUACGUUGAAGACGAAGUGAAAGAAAGACAGAAGAAAGAAUCAUCUCCUAAUGAAAAAGGCCGCAAGAAAACAUUGUUUGAGACUCUGUAUUCAAGAAUAAAAUCAAAUCGUCUAGAAUCAUCUUUCCCGAACAUCGAGAUUGCUCUUCGCAUAUUUUUGUCCAUGAUGGUAACCAACUGUAAAGGGGAGCGGUCCUUUUCAAAACUCAAGCGGAUCAAAAAUGAAAGCCGGGCAAGCACUACAGAGGACCGCCUCAAUAAUUUAACUUUGAUGAGCAUCGAGUCCGAUCUACUUAACGAUAUUGAUUUCAAUGAUAUUAUCAGUGAUUUUGCUAGUAGAAAAUCUCGAUCUGUUCCAAUUUAAUUAGUAAUUGCUGUAAUGUUCGUAAAUUACUUAUUUGAUAAGUGUAUUGAAUGUUUAUGUUCUAAAAUAGAAUCUUUUCAGCAUCUUUUGAAUGUCUUGCUUGUUGAUAUAGAAAAUUUCUUGAAAAAAGGUGGAAAAAGGGCCCGCAAUAUCAAUUUUGCCCAGGGCCCACCAAACUCUAAUCCGGCGCUGGACAUCUCUAUAUU